AUGAUGAUGCUUGGAGUGACAUUGGGAUUGGUUUUGGCCAAUGCUGAUGAUGGUUACGUUUAUGGCCAGCCAUCCGGUGAGCAGCUGCAGGAAAUCCAAGAGGUCAGUCGUCCCAGGAAGCACCGCUUGAAGCCACGUGUCUACCCAGAGUAUCCCUCCCAAGGUUGCGGGAACUUGGAGGAGGCGGAUCACGCCGCAGCUGUGAUCACCUACCAUGCCAACCGCCCCCAACCGCGUCGAAUUUACAACCACCAGGAAGUCCAGGUGGACAGCUCGUUCUUCGAGCCAUCGCCGGAACGGAUCGAGGAACUCAAGCGGAUUCUGUUGGAACAGGAAUAA